AAUCAGUCUAUACAUAGAGGCCUCUGUUUAGCUGUAGAAAUCACCAGCCCCAGCCUACCCUGAAGAACAAGGGCACAGAAAAUGAGAGGGAAAGAGUGAAAGGAAGAAAGAGAAAGGUUGGGAAGGAGUGAGUGAGAGAGAGAAACACGACUCAGGGAGUGUUGUAUGGAGGCUCGUCAACCCAACACAGCCAAGCACGAAGAAGGUAGCACUCAGCCAGGGGAGCCCUCUAUGUUUACCUCCUCCUGUUCAUGCCUGUCUAGGUGUUCUACGCUGGAGGAAGAGCAGGAGGAGAACGGGGAGGAAGCUCAGGUUGCAGUGUAUUGUGUUAUGGUGCCGUGUCUGAGCCAGGCGACUAGGAGCCAGGCCAGAGAAUGUGUCUCCCAAGCAAGAAGAUGUCCAAGUCUUUGAAGAAAAUCGUAGAGGAGAGUCGGGAGAAGAAUAUACCCGAGGUCGAUAUGUGCGACAGGGGUGUAUCAAACAUGUUGGACAUUCCAGGGUUAUUCACACUGUCCAACAUUACCCAGCUGGUUCUGAGUCACAACAAGCUCACAACCAUUCCUGCCAACGUGGCCGACUUGAAGAACCUGGAGGUUCUCAAUGUGUUCAACAACCAGAUAGAAGAGCUGCCCACUCAGAUCAGCAGCCUGCAGAAGCUCAAACACCUCAACCUUGGUAUGAACAGGAUGAGUGCUCUGCCCCGAGGCUUCGGGUCCCUGCCUGCUCUAGAGGUCCUGGACCUGACCUACAACAACCUGAACGAGAGCUCGCUGCCCGGCAACUUCUUCUACCUCACUACCCUGCGUGCACUCUAUCUCAGUGACAACGACUUUGAGAUGCUUCCUCCAGACAUCGGCAAGCUGGGCAAGCUGCAGAUUCUGAGUCUGAGGGAUAAUGACCUCAUCUCUCUGCCUAAAGAGAUAGGAGACCUGGCCCAGCUCAAAGAGCUCCACAUUCAGGGCAACAGGCUCACUGUGCUGCCCCCUGAACUGGGUAACCUGGAUCUGACUGGGCCUAAGCAGGUGUUCAAGGCUGAGAACAACCCGUGGGUGACCCCCAUUGCAGACCAGUUCCAGCUGGGAGUCUCCCAUGUGUUUGAAUACGUCCGCUCCGAGACCUACAAGUAUCUGUACGGCCGACACAUGCAGGCCGACCCCGAGCCUCCGAAGAAGAACAACGACAAAACCAAAAAGAUCAGCCGCAAGCCCCUGGCCGCCAAAAACAAAUGAGGGAGAGGAGGAUGAGAAGGAUGAAGAGGAGGAGGAGCUGACCGCUUGUUUGCCCCUUUUUUUUAUGUAUUUAUCAGAGGAACACAGAACUACAUUUUAUACUGCUCUAUGUUCAGGAUGUCACACUAGUGUUAGAAUGGUAGUCCACCAUGCAUCUUUAUUCAACUGCCACAGAGGCCGAUUUUAUUACAGCACCCUUUUAAGCAGACUAAAGGACUGAUUCAGUCAACCCAUCCUCUUCAAACCAAUUCAUAAAGCGUCUUUUAUUAACUUUUCUCAGACAGUAUGAUUUUAAACCAUUAGCAAUUUGUUUCUUAACUUAAUUUGGAAGAUAAAUCAUUUCCCAAGCCAUAUCUGUAGUGGUGAAGUCGUUACACAGGUUAACGGGCUCUGGCCCCUGUGGUCCCACAGUAACUGAAUUAGCCUGUCCUGGUGGGGGAGACUAGUGUGAAACAAUGCUAAUUUGUGUAGGUAUCUGCCGACACAAAACGCCUUGUAGAGUAACCACCAGAGAGAUGGCAUUAGCUUCACCCCGCGUUUGAUUUGAUCCAGCUUACCAGAGAGCGAGUGAGACGAGGGACGCCGGGUGAGGGAGGAGAGGGGGGGGGGAGCAGGCCAUUUUGGAGAGCGGGGAUGAGGGAGGGUGAGGAGAGGAGUAGGCCAUUUGGAGAGCGGGGAUGGGGGAGGGUGAGGAGAGAGGAGUAGGCCAUUUGGAGAGCGGGGAUGAGGGAGGAGGAGGAGAGAGGAGUAGGCUAUUUGGAGAGCGGGGAUGAGGGAGGAGGAGGAGAGAGGAGUAGGCCAUUUGGAGAUGGUCAUAUCCGACCCCCUCCAACACUCCCUGGUGACUCCUUGUCUCCACUGUAGUGAGACAGGUUGUGUAAAGGCAGCCGCUGCAGCCCGAGUGGAUGGAGGGAUUUCAGACGGCUUUAAAGGGUCUUAACUGCAUCUGUUGUAUCCUGCCCUCGAGGGGAGUAGAGGGGUAUAAAGUCACUGACUGUUACCUUUUCCUGCAUUUUCUCUUCUUACAUUCUUGUUUUGUAACACAGGGAUAUGUAUCCUCACUGUCUCUUGUGGUCAAUUGUACAUGUUUGCUGUCUACGAGCUAUGGGAGCCAGCAGUGGCCAAAAUGCCCCCAGAGCUCAUUUUUAUAAAGGAUAACAAGUAGCUCUCAACAAUGGGGUGGCCAUGUACCUUAGAUAUCAGUCAUAUGGGACAUAACACUGAAACAAUAUGGCGUCCUAAAGUUGCAAUCCACUAUAGUCUGGUACGGUGCUCGGUCAUAAUCCACUUUGUAAAACCAUUGUCCAAGUCUUUUCAAUGACCUGGAGUAUUUUGAUUGUUCCAUUUUGUCAAGUGACUUUGAAAUGCGUCCGCAACUAUCUGGGACAAGCCAUAGAAUAGCCAUUGAUAGCCUGAGUCUUUUGCUGAAAGUGUUAUUUUUAAACGUGCCUCGGUAACACGCUUCCUGACAACUGUCCUUAACAUUUCAGCUUAAUAAUGUCAAUGAAAAGCGUGUACUCCUUUUUAUUAUGCUUUUAUCAAGCCAUGCGCCAGAUGCCACAAUAUACUGUACGUUACAUGUGUUCUGUUUUCAAUAUUUUAAAUAAAGCAAUCCAUUUGGUUUGAGAUUA